CACAUCCGCUAAAUGAUGUUCUUUGAUUGCACUUAAAAGCACUAUAUGUGUUAAUAGUUCUGUUACUUGUUAGACUCAUACUGACUACAGUCGAGUGAACAUGAAUUUUGUCAUUUUCUGCCUCAUUCUAAUGGUUACUUUUGGAGUUUGCGUUGGGAUUCCGGCCUCUCUCAAAUUGCAUCCCAAGUUUAAAUACGCAGAUGGUGGUAAUGGUAUAGAAAAUCAGUACAUGGUCUUCUUUAGAAAUGGGUUUACAAAGUUUGGAGCCCAAAUGCAUUUUUACAAAUUGAAAUCGACCCAGAACAUUCGACAAGGACACAUUCCGAAGAAUAGCCCAUGUACCAGCGGUACAAUGAUAAGUGACCUCAUUUCUCUAACUAUGUUCUACGUCAUUUCAUGCCCAAGUGUACGUAUACUACACCUGCUUCUUACUGACUACGACAUCAAAAAGAUUGUACAAGAUACUGUGGUCUCAACUCAACAAUGUUCAGGCAUCGAACCUUAUACUCUCCCGAACCCGUCCAAUCUUUACUGGAAUCUUGAUAGAAUAAACCAAGAGAACCCAUCCCCACUUGAUGGAUUUUUCUCAGUAUUAGGAAAUGGGGUGGCCGUUGACUUGUAUAUAAUAGAUUCAGGAAUACGUUCUCAACACCAGGAGUUCACAAAUCGGAUUGACAGUGCCGGGUAUAACUUUGUAGAUGUCAAUAGCCCUCCGGAAGAUGACCAUAUAGAAGGCCAUGGAACACGAGUGUCAGGUAUCGCUGCAGGAAGUACCACUGGCGUUUGCAAAAUGGUUACCAUAAUUCCAUUGAAAGUAGUAGAUCAGAAUGGUAGAGGAACGUCCAGUGAUACUAUAGCGGCGAUUGGAAAAGUGAAGGAACUGAAAGCGAUCCGAAAAAGACCUUCAGUUAUCAAUGUGUCCCUCGCAGCGCCAACAUUUGAUGAACUGGACAAGGCAGUAACAUCGGCUGUGCAGGAUGGUAUAUUUGUAAGCGUUAGUGCUGGUAAUAACGGUGUUCCCUCGACAAGACAAUCGCCUGCACGCGCAGCGAUGGCAUUUACAGUAGCAAGCGUAGACAAAAAUGAUGAUCUCAGUCCAAAAUCGAACUAUGGUCCGGGCGUCGACAUCACAGCCCCAGGUGAUGAUAUAUAUUCUGCUAGUAACACCUGCGAUGAUUGUUACUCAAGAGGGGACGGAACAUCAUUUGCUUCUCCACAAGCAGCAGGUGUAGCAGCGUGCUAUUUAAGUGUUUAUCCAACAGCAACAGUCCCACAAGUUGAAGCUUAUUUGAAGAACGGGUCUUGGAAAAACAAGAUUGGUAAUAUUGCUAGAGGAAAAAGAGCAAGAACCCCGAACCGAAUUCUUCGCUCAAACAAAUGUUGAUCGAUGAAGGAUGUCACGUGAUCGGCCAGUUAUUCAUGCGAUAUACAUGAGAGCAACAAGGAAAUAUUAAAAACAUUCUGAUUUUAAAAAUUGUAAAUCUAAAAUUUAUUCUUUCAAGAACACGAAUCAUUUAUCUCUUGUUC